UGGAGUGGGCUGCAGAGCGCUGAGCUGACCCUACUUCUCCUUUAGGGCUGCCGUGGUGCCCGCCUGAUCGCAGGGCAGGUAACCAGGUGAGUCCAGGCGGGGCAGCUCCGGGGCGGGGAGACGAAGCCGGGGUUUCUCCAAAGACCCGGCGCAGUCGAUUCCCACACCCCCCCCCCCCCCCCCGGGGGACCGUUGCUAUGGAAACCAGAGCGCCGGGCCGGCAGAGAUUGUGGCUUCCGUGUCGUGACUCAUCUUCUCUCUCCCCGAGACCCUCGACCAAGGUUUCGAGUGCGACUGCUUCCUGAACGAACCUGCCCUCCUGCCCGCGGGAGACAGUUUUCCAUGACAUAGCCUGGCAGAAAAAUGCAGCCUUUAUGCCUCACUGGCCGCUGACCCACCGGCCUGAUGACAGCACCCCCGUGUACCUUCCCGGUUCAGUUCCGGCAGCCCUCAAUCAGUGGCCUCUCACAGAUCACAAGCAGCCUAUAUAUCAGCAAUGGGGUGGCUGCCAACAACAAGCUCAUGCUCUCCAGCAACCACAUCACCACGGUUAUCAACGUCUCAGUGGAGGUGAUGAACACUGUAUACGAAGACAUCCAGUAUGUGCAGGUGCCUGUGGCCGACACACCUGUCUCGCGUCUCUUUGACUUCUUUGACCCCAUCGCUGACCACAUCCACAGUGUGGAGGUGAAGCAGGGCCGCACGCUGCUGCACUGUGCUGCCGGCGUGAGCCGCUCAGCCGCUCUCUGCCUCGCCUACCUCAUGAAGUAUCACGCCAUGUCCCUGCUGGACGCCCACACGUGGACCAAGUCGUGCCGGCCCAUUAUCCGGCCCAACAAUGGCUUUUGGGAGCAGCUCAUCCACUAUGAGUUCCAGCUGUUUGGCAAGAACACUGUGCACAUGGUCAACUCCCCUAUGGGAGUGAUCCCUGACAUCUAUGAGAAGGAUGUCCGUUUGAUGAUUCCGCUGUGAGCCAUCCCACCAGCACCUGCACCAGGGCCAGAGGUACAGAUCUGUCAUUGAUCCAACACCAAGAUCUGAACUUGAACAUUCUACUUUUGUUGAUAAAGAAAAAUCCAGAUGAUGCCUUUUAUAAGGGCAAGGACAAAGGAAGGGUGCUGCCGCCUUAACCUCGUAAUCCAUAUCUUUAAAGAUGAGACUUACUAAAUGUAAAAUGAUGAAGGUGAGUUUCCUACCCUGUGAGUGACUCCUGGCCAGAGGGGAGGGUGAGGCUGAUGGUGCCCAAGUCAAAUAGACCAACGCCCAAUGUGUUAUGGCAAGCCUGGGACCCUGCAGCCGUCCCCGAGACCGACUAACCCAGGAAGGGGUCUGCCACAGUCCCACUUCAUUCUUUUUGAACCCAGAACUAGAACCUUAAGCAUCAUGACACCUCCUGUGCUGCUCACAGUAAAUGCCAACCUACUGGAUAAGUGGCCUUCAAGCGGUGCUCUGGGGGCCCCAGGCCAACCCUGCUUCCACCUUCAACCAUGGGAGCCCAACUCUGUUUUUCUAGAUUGGACUUACUCAUAAGAUAGUUUUCAAAGAAAGCAUUCAACUGUAUAAAAACUCUUAAAUUUUUUUGAGUGCUGUUAUACAUGGCCUCAAAGUGCCCUUGGUGACCGCCUACCAGUCUUUGAUGAAAUGUAGCAUUAGUCUCCUUCUCUGGGCCACGUGUGGAGAGUGGACCUGACAUUAGGCCUCAAGGAUUCCUCUCACAGGCCUUCACUCAGAAGGCUCAAGCUGCGGACCGGAUCCUAGCCUUGUCACUUCCUCCCCAUGUGAUCUGGAGUGCCUUGGAGCCUCGGUUUCCUCAUCUGUCCAAGCAAUGACAGCCGUUUCUCACAAGGUUGUGGAGAAGAUUCACCGAUUCCUUAGCGCAGUGCCUGGCAUGUGGUAGGCGCUUAGUGUAACCAGCAGCUCUCGCCAUGAAUGAUGCUCUGGCCCUGCUGGUCCAGGUCAGCACAGUCGUUCUCAUAGCAUCAUUUCCCCCAUUGGUGCACAGCCCUUUCCUGUUUACAAAAUGCCCUUCCAAAAAGUCAUCCAGUGUGGAAAAAAAAGAAAAUGGUUUGAGUCCUUUCAGACCCCGCCUUAGAGGAGGCCUAGACUUUGAAGCCUUUAAAAUCAGACUUCCCAUUUUGUGUAAUCAGUGUGCAACCUGGGGGUCCUAAAGCAAGGAGCACACUUCCAGCUUCCCCUCAAAAGGCCUUGUUUAGAUCACUGACCAUUAGAGCCAGUGUCCUGGUCCGGCUGACCCACUGGGGUCCACAGGGGCACAUGCCAAAGAGACAAGUAAGUGAACCCUAUGUAGGCCCUGAAAUCAGGAUUGUUCAGAUCCCCCAGGGGCCUGAGGAUCUGGCUCAAGUCCAGCUAUUCUAAUCCAGAGGUUUUCA